GCGCCAGAAGGUGCUGAUUGUGGCGUUUGCCCGUGCCAUGCGGGACCCCUUCCACCCCUCUCGGAUGGCGGCCAUCUUGGCCCUGUCGGCCACCCAGGGGUACUUCACCCUGCGGGACUGCGCCUCCAAGGUGCUGCCCGCCCUGUGCGCCCUCACCAUGGACCCGGAGAAGACCGUCAGGGACCACGCUUUCAAGGCCAUUAAGGGCUUCCUCGGAAAACUGGAGAAGGUGUCCGAAGAUCCAAGCCUCGCCGAACAGAUGGAGGCGGAUGUGAACGCUGCGAGCUCCAGCCUUCCUUCCAGCCUGGCGGCUAGCUGGGCAGGCUGGGCUGUCACCUCUCUCACUUCCAAGUUCUACCGGUCUUCGACAAGUGGAACGGCCUCCGCCACAACAACUGGCACGACCUCGACAGCUGGCGUGGCACCUUCGAGUGACUGUGAGUUCGAACUCUGA